AUGAACGCCACGACGUUGGGAUCGACCGAGCGAGGCUCAUACGUCGAUGCAGCCUCGUACGGCAUGUACAUUCUACUAUUCUUUCUGCCCUUUUUCGUAACCUAUGUCUUCACUGUGAUUGGAAAUACAGGCUAUCGUGAUGGAACAGUAGCGAGAGAGCCACCGAAAGUUCCGUACUGGAUCCCAUUCGUUGGAAACACGAUCGGGUUUGCUUAUGAUACAGAACGAUUUUUAUUUUCCAUUUUGCGCAAGUUUGGUAAAGUCCCUCUUCGAAUUUUCGUGGGCGCAGAGCCAAUGUACUUUAUCCCCCAUGGACAAGCAAUCGUCGAACUCUUCAAAUCCUCUCGCUACCUCACCACCAAGACUUUCGGUAUCAUGACUGUCAGAGAUGCAUUCGGUCUUCCUCAGCCUGAUGUUGACAUCUACGCGAAUGACGAUUCUGGUGUUGACGCAAAGCCUGCUCCUGGCUGGGAACAUGUUGAACAAUCCAAGCGCUUUCACUUUGUGCAACAUCGCCAGCUACACGCUUUUCUGUCCGGCAGUGCCCUAAACACUAUGACGACAAAGUUUGUAGAGGUUUAUUCAGAUCAUGUUGCUCAAGACACGACUUUUCGAGACGGUGAAUGGGUAGAGGUCGAUGAUCUUUACGCUUGGCUCAAGAACCAUCUCCUUCGCGCUGCGGUCGUAGCAUUAUGCGGCGAGCGAUUCCUCGAGCUAUCGCCUAACUUUCUCGAAGAAUUCUGGUCGUUCGACUAUCACCUCCCCAAUUUGUUCAGAAGGUUACCCCGAUGGGUCGUUCCCAAGAGCUACCAAGCCAGAGACCGUCUUCUGGACUGUCUUUUCCGUUAUCACCAGUACGGCCAGCAAAACCUUGAUUUUACAGAUGAAGAGCUACUGGCGAAGGAUUGGACCCCGGAAUUCGAUGCUAGACUUAUUUUUAUUAGGUGA